CCCAUGGGAUAGUGAUGACGUCAUAGUGGACUGUGACUACAGCUAUCAUGAAAUAAGAAGGUAUGGAUGGUGGCCUGAGCUCACGUAUGAGUUCCUUGGACGCUGCAACGUUACUUGCCCAAAGGAAGCAGAGAUGUUGGUUGGACCUCCCUACUUUGAUUUUCACAACGUCCUCGUUAUCUAUGAAGGUGCAUACUUCUGCAAUAGAGACAACAGGACCUGGCUUGGGACACAACCUGUGUGUUUGGGUCCAUACAACAACGCUACCAUGGUUACGGACGACACCAACACGAUCCGGCUGGUGGGGGGAGAGUAUUACGGCUGUGUGGAGAUGUACGAUAACGUGACGAACCAAUGGGGACCAGUAAAGGGAAUGAGGUCAUCGGACCCUCAUAAAAUGGGUUGGGCACACCUUGUCUGUGAAGAUUUGGGGUUUCCGGCAGGACUUGCUACUUCGGUCUACCCCUUAAUCAAAGGAACCGGGGUCGUCGAUCUUGACUUUGCUGAGUAUCAACAUAUCACAAUCUUGUCAGACCAUUACCGACCAAGCUACCCCUCUACGGUUCCCAAGUUUAUCACGGUGCCUUAUUACCAUCCUACUGCUGACCGUGUGACUCUCCGUGAUGCUAUAGACCGUGUAGUGAGGGGACCGUGUGCGUCUAACGACUAUAGUUGUAAUAGGCAUUACUCUGCCAUGUGCUUGGCCUGUGCCGGACAGCAGAACAAACACAAUUCACAAGACAUCAACGCUCAAGUGACCUGCACAUCUGACUCAAUUCUGGUCAGUUUUCCCCGCCCGGCGGACAACUCCAUUCAGAAGGCAGACGUUCAGCUAGUAGCGCCACCUUGCAGUGCUGAUGAGAACUCCACCCACAUCUUCAUCCGAGCCCCUCUUACAGGCUGUGGGACCGACAGACAGGACACAGAAGACGACAUCAUCUACAGUAACACCCUGGCCAUCAACGUCAACGCUUCUAACGCGAUUGUCACACGUCAUCACGUCAAGGUGAUCACCGUAGAGUGUCGUCUGCCGCGACGUACCACCGUGGCCGUCAACUUUGACCCCCGGAGCUCGUCCGUGUUCCGGUCGCACAUCGUCGGCAGGGGUGAUUUCGCCAUCUCCAUGGAGCUGUUCCUCAGUAACAGCUUCCGGUUUCCGGUCUCGGAAUAUCCACUGUCCGCGGAGUUGGGACAGAUGCUGUACGUGCAGGUGCAGGUGACGUCAGACGACACGAACCUGCAGGUGUUCGCAGACACCUGCAUGGCCACGCCCACGGAGGAUCCAGACGACAGCACCGUGCUGUACCACCUUAUCCGCGAGGGUUGUGACGAAGACUCUACCGUGGCUCGCUAUUGGUCACCGUCAACAAUGGAGGAACGGUUCGGUUUCCAGGCAUUCGCCUUUACCAGUGGAGCACGUAAGGUGUACCUCCACUGUGACGUCCUGUUGUGUAACGCCACGGACCCGAGCUCCCGGUGCGCUCAGGGCUGUCAGGCGGGCGGGAGGUUCGCGAGGGAGGCCGAGGUGGACACCGAUGCUUACCUGCUGAUACAGGGUCCCAUCGUGCUGAACGAUGAUCAAACCGGUCGUGAUUACUCCUCAACAGGUCACGUGACGAACAUGGUCCCCUUCUUCCUUGGAGCAUGCACAGUGAUGGUCGUCGCCAUGUUUAUCGGCAUCUAGAGUCUAUGGCAUGCUGGGAAGACAGCAUGCAGGGCAGAGAGAGAGAAAAGAAACCGUCUGCAGUGUCAUUUUUUGCUGGCAGAUUUGUCUAUUUUAGCUAAGAAUAUCUAGUCAUGCUGCAUUGUAUCGUGUGAGAGUUUUUAGAAAACUAUUUGCCUCGUAUUUUCGGUAGCUCUUGUGGAAGCUCGAUAUAGAAGUGAUUUGAAGAUGCCGUGUUGUUUUUGGGCUGUUUUGGCCAUUUUAUGUAGAUGUAGUGACGUCAUGUGAUGUUGUGAUGUUUGAGAGUGUUAUCUGAGUGCUUUUUGUAACGUAUACAUAGUACCACUACUGCUUGCUGUACUUAUACUAUAUGACUUUGGAAAUGUAUUUUUUUGGCAUUCAAUUUACCAUUUGGAUGCUGUCUGAAGUUAGAUGCGAAGCGAUGUACUUUGAAUUGUAAAUUGCUACACAAGUUUCUGUCAAUAAUACGUUACUGACUGCUGAUCAUGUAGUACCAGAUAUAUACUUGUAUCUUAUACAUGUAUAGCCUCC